AUGUCCCUCCCUCUGCAAGCGGCCCGCCGUGCCGUCGAGCACCGCGCCCGGCUGGCCGAGCUGUUCCCCUGGACUACGUCGCCGCUGCUGAUUGGCGCACCCAUGCGCGUGUUUUCGGGGCCGGCCAUGGCGGUGGCGGUGUCGCGGGCGGGCGGGCUCGGGUUCAUUGGGCCGGGCGCGACGCCGGAAGCGUCCUCGACGGAUCUGGCAGAGGCCACGAAGCUGCUCAAGGAGACGCCGUUGAAGGCGGCCGCGGCAACAACACCGACGCCGUCGCUUCUGCCCGUCGGCGUCGGCUUCCAGGUCUGGAACGGCGACCUGGACAGCGCCACGGUGGCCGUCCGCACCCACCGCCCCUGUGCCGUCUGGCUCUUUGCGCCGCGCGACGGCCAGGUCCAGCUGGACACCUGGACGGCGGCGCUCCGCGCGGCCUCGCCGGGCACGCAGGUCUGGGUGCAGGUCGGCACUCUCCAGGAAGCCGUGGCCGCGGCGCACCCGUCGGGCGCAGACGCGCUGGUGCUGCAGGGCGCCGAGGCCGGCGGGCACGGCCGUUCGAGCGACGGCAUUGGGCUGGUGUCGCUGCUGCCCGAGGUGGCCGACGCGCUCCACGACAACACAAACAACACAAACAGCACGCGCCUCCCGCUGGUGGGCGCCGGCGGCAUUGCCGACGGGCGCGGUGCCGUCGCGGCGCUGGGCCUGGGCGCCGCAGCCGUCGCCAUGGGCACGCGGUUCUUGGCGGCCUCCGAGGCGCGCGUCGAUCCGGCGUACCAGGCCGAGGUGCUGCGGGCGACGGACGGCGCCGCGCACACGGGACGGACGCAGCUCUACAACCACCUGCGGGGGACCUUUGGGUGGCCGGCCGAGUUCAGCCCGCGCGGGCUGCUCAACCAAAGCUGGGCGGACCACGAAGCGGGCGUGCCGUUUGACGAGCUACAAGCGCGGCACGACGCGGCGGUCCAGGCCGGCGGUACGGCCGCCUGGGGCCCCGAGGGCCGCACAGCGACGUACGUGAGCGCGAGUGUUGGGCUGGUGCGGAGCGUGGACGACGUGGGAGCCAUUGUCGAGCAGACACGCAACGAGAUCAAGGAGAUUCUGUCCCUGUUGGGUUGA